AUGCCCACAGACCCUGUCACGGCAACACAGUGUUGCUUCUCAGGCAUCACUACAUACCCUGGUCACAGCAACACAGUGUUGCUUCUCAGGCAUCACUACAGACCACAGCAACACAGUGUUGCUUCUCAGGCAUCACUACAGACCCUGGUCACAGCAACACAGUGUUGCUUCUCAGGCAUCACUACAGACCCUGGUCACAGCAACACAGUGUUGCUUCUCAGGCAUCACUACAGACCCUGGUCACAGCAACACGGUGUUGCUUCUCAGGCAUCACUACAGACCCUGGUCACAGCUUCUCAGGCAUCACUACAGACCCUGGUCACAACAACACAGUGUUGCCUCUCAGGCAUCACUACAGACCCUGGUCACGGCAACAGUGUUGCUUCUCAGGCAUCACUACAGACCCUGGUCACGGGAACACGGUGUUGCUUCUCAGGCAUCACUACAGACCCUGGUCACAGCAACACAGUGUUGCUUCUCAGGCGUCACUACAGACCCUGGUCACAGCAACACAGUGUUGCUUCUCAGGCAUCACUACAGACCCUGGUCACAGCAACACGGUGUUGCUUCUCAGGCAUCACUACAGACCCUGGUCACGGCAACACAGUGUUGCUUCUCAGGCGUCACUACAGACCCUGGUCACGGCAACACAGUGUUGCUUCUCAGGCGUCACUACAGACCCUGGUCACGGGGAGAACUGGAUACAGAGACACCGUGGUCUACCAGUGUAACCCUGGCUUCAGACUCAUAGGAUCCUCGGUCCGCAUCUGCCAGCAGGAUCACCUCUGGUCUGGACAGCUGCCGCUGUGUGUCUCAAUCACAUGUGGCCAUCCAGGCAGUCCCAUCUAUGGGAGAACUACAGGGGACGGAUUCAACUACAACGAUGUGGUCAGCUUCUUCUGUAACCAAGGUUACGUACUGGAGGGAGAGUCCAGAGCCCAGUGCCAGGCGAGUCGCCAGUGGAGUCAACAGCCACCUUCAUGUAGAGUGGUGAACUGCACAGACCCUGGCAUCCCGGCUAACUCCAUCAGGGAGAGUAAGAUAGAGCACGGUAACUUCACCCUGGGCAGUGUGGUGUUCUACACCUGUAACCCUGGAUACUACCUGUUCGGUUCCUCCGCACUGACCUGUCAACCUAUUGGCCACUGGGACAAACCUCUACCUGAAUGUCUUGAGGAGGACUGUGGGAACCCUGGCUCUCCUCCCUACGGUACCAUGGUUGGGGACAAGUUCUCGUUUGGCUCCACGGUGCAGUACUCCUGUUCAGGGGACAGAGAGCUGAUUGGAGAGUCAUCACUCACCUGUCAAAUCAAUGGACACUGGAGUGGACCCAUACCUCACUGUUCAGGAGACUCUGUAGGCAGCUGUGGGGACCCUGGUACACCCGUCCAUGCAAGCAGAGAGGCCAGCAACUUCCAUCUGCGUAGUAAAGUCCGCUUCACCUGCGCUGUGGGCCACACACUGUACGGCUCAGCUGAGAGGAUCUGCUUUCCCAAUGGGACCUGGUCUGGGAGACAGCCCUUCUGCAAACCGGUGCACUGUGGUAACCCGGGGACACCUGCUCACGGCCGUAUUUUCCGGGUCGACGGUACGACCUUCACCCACUCUGUAGUCUACUCCUGUAUGGAUGGAUACCUCCUCUCAGGCACGCCCACCAGACACUGUCUGGCCAACGGCACCUGGUCUGGCACCGCUUCUAACUGCACCAGUAAGUACUACUGAUACC